GGAGUGAAACUGCAAACUAGCAAAUUCUGCAUUGCAGUGCUGGAGAGUGAGGACUUCUACCGCGUUGAAAAGUCACAGUGUUUUGCAUUGGCGAAUCAUUCAGACUAUGGCCGUACUAGAGAUAUAACUUGAAUGAAGGGACCGCAACUUACAAACGUAUAAGAAAAACGACGGAUUGAAACAAAAACGACUAAGACUCAUCUGGCAUCCAGGGAGCAGAUGAUUUUGCACUGGAUUGCAGUCUGAACCGAACGGUCAGUCUGCAUAGAUUUCCAUCGAUUUCGUCCGGAUGCUUUUGAAGACAUUUACAUUUAUCGUCGGAAGCUCGGAUAACAUUCAAAAACGCGACGUUGUUCAGUACUAGUCAGUCCCUUAGAAGAAGUCUUUGCGACGGAAUAUUAAAACACAGCUCGCUUUAAGGCGCUUCUCACAAAAGGUAUCCUUUCUUUAUUCCAAGCAUGCUUCAAUAGAAAAGCAGAAUCGUUAAAUUCGUUGGUAGCUCGCUUCCUGACAGAUGUUGACUCGUCUGGUUGAAGAGAAUUAUUCAAACUCACUUCAACUACAAUGACGCUCUAUCGCUGGGCAACAGUAUUCGUCUUCCUCCUGAUUUCAGAUAUUUUGCCGGGUACCGAGACUGUAACUGGUCAAGUAUUCCAAACCCCAGCAACAGUUCAUUUAUCCGAAGGCACCACCCUGGUUUUGAAUUGCACUUUUGAGCUGAAUGGGGUAUUAACUUAUACCUGGAGUAAGGAUGACUGCCCCAUGGAUUUCAAAUCCCAGAGAUACAAAGAUAAAGUAGUACGACCUGAUCCAAAUCGUUUUAAAAUCAAUAAGGAUGCUUCAAUCCGGAUUAAGAAUGUUACAAUAUUCGACUCAGGAAUGUAUUACUGUCAAAUUGAUGAAAUGGGCAAAGAGAAAAAGAAUGGCAGCGGAACCUUGGUCAUCGUGAGCAGAAGUUGGAAAGCCGAAAACCAGUCAGUAGGUAUGCAUCUUGAAUGGCAGUGGAUUGGAAUCGCAGGUGGUGUAGUAUUCCUAAUUAUUCUGAUACUGCUUGUAGUGAUCGCAGUCCUUACUAGACGAAAUAAAGCUUACGCCUUACUGGUCAGAGAAUGCACUUCCUUUGAUUCUGCAAAAGAGCCGAUUGCACCUCCCAGAAGAAAAAUGAACGAUCACGCCAAUUGUCAGCGUGAAGACGCCUUCCUCCACUGCCACAAUAAAGAGGGUGCGCCAAAGAGAAAGCGUCCACCGCCAGCAAGAAGGAACAUGCAGUAGAUUUCGGUCUGUGCCAUACUGUAGGGCCAUUGUCGCUUGUGUAAACCACUCGGUGGUAUCGAAUAAAUUGGUCGAUAAAAAUGUCAUAUAUUUAAAAUUUGUAUGUUUUUGUAACAAACCAAGACGUAGAACGUUGAUCAGGAAUUCAUGGUAAACGGAUGUUUAAAUACAUGGUACUGGUUCUUUUUCGAUUUGAAACGGACUCUUUAUAUCGUGUGGCCUGUCUUCAAAUAUGAAAUUGAAAUAUAAACAAAAUAACCGCAGAUGCUGGAAAUCUGAAACCGGUACAGAAAAUGCAGCAAACGCUCUGGAGGUCCAGUAGCAUUCGUGGAAACAACAACAGUCAACGUUUUGUGUGUGUGCAAUGAAGGGUUAAAAACCCGAAUCAGGGAUAGUAUGUCUUUCCGCUGAUGCUGCGUGACCUAUCAAGGGUUUUCACUGCUUUAUAUUUUGCUUCUGGUAGAAAGGAAUAUCUUCCUACUUCUUCUGAUUGUUCCCUAAUAUGUAUAUCCCGGAAGCUUCACUUUUAGGCUCGCACUACAAAUAAACUUCGUUAUUCGUGCUCUUCGUUUUGAUUCCGUCAUCUUUUGCAAAUAGUCUAAAAGCAUGGGCUUGCAAACGAGGAAAUUGAAACAAAGAAAUGAUGGACGUACCCUGUGAGUCAGGCCACAUUUAUAGGAAGCAAACGGCUUCAAGA